AAAAUCGAUUGCUUAAAAACGUGAAUGCUAUUCCUGGACUUAACAGAUGUGCUCUCUACUCUCCUCAGUUGCAAUGAAGACCUCUGUGUUCAUUAUUCUGGUUGUGGUUGUGGCUUUCAGCUCAGCAGAUGAAAUCAUUGGAGGCUAUGAAUGUAAGCCCCACUCCCAGCCCUGGCAAGCUUUCCUUUCCGAUAAUAGAAUUUCAUGCGGAGGAUCUUUGAUUAAUGAUAGAUGGGUUGUGUCUGCUGCUCACUGCACAUUCUCGCAAGGUCGUCUCAGCGUCCGCCUUGGAAGGCACAAUUUGGUAACUGCUGAAAACACAGAGCAGAGGAUCGAAGCAGAGAAGAUGAUUCCUUACCCGAAAUACAAUGAUCAGCCUCAUAACAAUGAUAUCAUGUUGAUCAAGCUGAAACAACCUGCCACCCUCAACAAGUAUGUGAAGCCAAUCCCUCUGCCAAAAAAAUGCCACUCUGUGGGAGAGAGGUGCUUGGUUUCUGGAUGGGGCAGAACUGAAGAUGGCAUAGCUUCCACCCUGCAGUGUUUGAAGUUGCCUGUACUCUCAGAAAAGGUGUGUAAGCGUGCAUAUGGUUCAAUAAUAACUAAAAACAUGUUCUGCGCUGGAUUCAUUAGGGGAGGGAAAGACUCAUGCCAGGGGGAUUCAGGAGGCCCUGUAGUGUGCAAAGGACAACUGAAAGGUGUUGUUUCCUUUGGCAACGGCUGUGCUAAACCAAAAUAUCCUGGGGUUUAUGCUGAGGUGUGCCAGUACACUAGUUGGAUCAAAUCCACCAUAGCUAAUAACUAAUGGUUUAUUCAUUCUGGUUGGUCCUUUACAAGUUCUUUUUCUUUAAUAUCUGUAAUUAAGUCCAAGUCCCUUUAAGGCAAGUCAUCCAACAUUGAAAUGCCUCUCAGACAGCUUUUUUAGACAUGCAAGUACAGCUCCUGUCUAUUUUAAUGAGGAAACAUCCAAUUCUAUAGCAACCAGAGCUUCUAACAGCAGCUGCAGUGAUGCCUUGCCUUCACCAGUUUGUGAUUGGCUCUUCUAUUUAGAAAGCGAGACUAUUCAUUUUCCUUUUUCUAUUUUCUUUUGCAUUUUUGAGUGCACCAUCUUUGUAUAUCUUAAUCUUUGAAUUAAAUUCAUUCUAAAAAAAAAAA